AAACAUUGCAAGCAUAAGAUAAGAGUCCUUAUCCAUACAGGACCAGGAGAUUCUAAGACUAUUUACAUAAGAUUCUAAGACUAUUGCAAACAUCCUCUGUAAAUCAUUCCCUUCUUUGUUUUUCGAGAAAGAUGAAGCAAAACGGAGAUUUGAGUCCUGGUGAUUGUUCUGACCCAUCCAAAACCUACAUCAGAGCACUAAAAGCUAGGUUUCAUGAUCAGCCUGAGAAAUUCCAUAGCUUUUACAAGGUCAUGAUUGACAUCAUGACUCAAAGAGUCCAGCCUGACGGCCCCGGAGGCAUACCUGACGACGCCCCAGCAAGACUGAAGGCAAUUCUUGAAGGUCACAACGACCUCAUUUAUGGGCUCAACUUUUUCUUGCCUCCUUCUCACCGAGUCAGCCUUGAUGAUGGGAUGGAGAUUGAGCCGGUCACGGCGGAGGGAGCAGUAUUAUCUGGACUUGAAGAUGCUAAGGAUUUAAUAAAGGAAGCGAAGAUGCGAGGCGAGAAGGUCUAUGAAGCUUUCAAGGAGACUCUGCUGUCGACAAGCCAGAAGAGAAGCUUCGAUGAUGUCUGCAGUGAUGUUGUUGAGCUGUUCAUUGACGAUCCUGAUUUGCUAGAGAGGUUUCGACAAUUCAUGCCUGUUUAUGAACCAACUCCGCUGGCAUCUUAUGCUCCAAAUUCCCAGAUUCCUAUGAAUAUUAAUUAAUUGUUCAUCCUCAAAGAUUUGUAUGUUCCUUUGUAAUUUGAUGGCCUAUAUUAGAUGGUAAAAGAUGAGGUCAAGGAUUAAUUAUUCUUAACAUUGAUUUGAGAAAUUACAAUUUAUUGGUUUUUCUCCCGUA